AUGGCUGCCCAAUCCUGGUUUCCCAAGCGAACUCUUCAGCAGGGUAUUUCGUCUAAUUUAUCUUUUUGCCCACCGUCUCAUAUGGAUGAUGUCACAAUCUCUGUUGUAGUUGAGGAAAUUCUCACUGCCCCUGGCCAGAUGCACGAAACCGAAACCAGACUUGUAGACGGUCAAUUGCUCCGUGUAUAUAAGAAUCUCUGGCCAGAUUUACGCGUCUUUUGGCUAUGGGCAGCUCGCGAGCACAAGGAUGCAAUCUACACUGUAUUCGAGAAGCAGCGCUUUACCUUUGGUCAAGUCUUUGACCGUUCCUUGCAAGCCGCUUCCAUAUUCUAUCACGUGUACGGGGUUCGGAAAGGAGACAGAGUGGUUAUCUGCUCACGAAACUUCCCAGAGGUUCUGGUCGCCUUUUGGGCUUGUCAUCUCCUUGGAGCUGUCUCUGCUUUGGCAAAUGCUUGGUCACCUUUGGAUGCAUUGCGGUACUGUAUUUCCCGCACAGAGUGCAAGCUCAUAAUUGUCGAUCCGGAACGUGCAGAUAAGCUAGAGCCUAUUGCGAAAGAGCUUACUUUAGAAUCAGGCAGUAAUGGAAUUUUGGUUCUUGAAUCCGACGAAGGAAAAGGGCAAUGGGAGGGCAUGAAGACUUGGAAGGCUGCAUUUGAUGAUUACAAAGGGGAUUCUCAGGAGAUUCUGUCCUUGGACCCUGCACUCACACCCGAGGACAACGCGACUAUACUAUUCACUUCUGGUACGACCGGCAUGCCAAAGGGUGUUCUCAGUACCCAGAGACAAUUUUUAAGCAACAUAUUCAACGCGAGUUAUGCUUAUUUUGUAACGGCAGGAGGUCGUAGGGCAGCUCUUAGACGAGGAGAAAGCAUACCUCCACCACCGACUGGACCACAGAAGGCUAUAUUACUCUCUGUACCCCUGUUCCAUGUCACAGGUCUGACCAGUUUAACGAUGCUGUCUACUAUGGUUGGCUUGAAGAUCGUUAUGAUGAGGAAGUGGAAUCCUGAAGAAGGUAGAUGCUUCUUAAAUUCUAUCAUCGUUCUCGUUGUCCCUUCCAUGGUCUCAGACCUUUCCGACAGUUCUUGCUCAGGUCAUCCACUUGAAUCUCUAAUGUUUGGAGGAGCUCCUGCACAUAAUUCUUUGGCUGAGCGUGCCAAGCAAUCUUUCCCUACAGCCAGCUUGAGCCAGGGAUAUGGUUUGACUGAGACUAGCAGCGUGGCAGUUGGUUUUGCUGGCGAAGAUUAUCUUGCUCGACCUAUGAGUUGCGGUCUAGCUACUCCUAUAAAUGACAUUGUCAUCGUGAUCAACGAUGCUGUCGUCCCUCCAAAUACUGUGGGCGAAGUUUGGAUCAGAGGGCCAAAUGUAAUGAAAGGCUAUUGGAAGGACCCAGAGUCCACUCACAAGGUCCUUACAAAGGAUGGUUGGUUCAAAACCGGUGAUUUAGGUUACCUUGAUCAAGAGGGAUUCUUGUAUAUUCGCGAUCGAAUUAAGGACAUAAUAAUACGCGGUGGAGAAAACAUUGAUUCUGUCUCAGUCGAAAACGCAAUAUAUGCGGACGAAAGAGUCCUUGAAGUUGCAGCAGUCGGUGUUCCCGAUGUGCGUCUAGGAGAACUUGUUGCAGUGAUAGUUUCUAUCAAGCCCGCGUACCAUGGCAAAGUAACUGAAACUUCACUUAUCUCACAAGCGCAAAAAAGUUUGCCACGACAUGCAGUUCCCGUAUUGGUAAUCAUACAGAAUGAACCAUUCGAACGAACGCCAUCCGGAAAAAUUCUCAAGGCAGACCUUCGUAAAAUGGCUGCCGCAAUAUGGCUAGCAAGAUCGUCGAAAGCAUUGAACACCACAAAAUUGUGA